GACUGAGAGAGAGAGAGAGAGAGAGAGAGAGAGAGAGAGAGAGAGAGCUCCCUCUUCAAAAACGCACCCUAUUCUCAAUAUAUGCUUUGCUUUUAUUAUUGAAUCUCAUCCAAUUCUCUCUACACCAGCUGAGAGAGAAUGUUCCAUUCCAAGAAGCCUCCUACUAUGAAUUCACAUGAUAGGCAUAUGUGUGUCCAAGGUGAUUCUGGCCUAGUCCUCACCACAGAUCCAAAGCCCCGCCUCCGAUGGACAGUUGAACUACAUGAGCGGUUCGUCGACGCCGUAACCCAGCUUGGCGGGCCGGAUAAGGCCACACCAAAAACCAUCAUGAGAGUCAUGGGUGUUAAGGGCCUCACCCUAUAUCACCUCAAGAGCCACCUUCAAAAAUUCAGACUUGGGAAGCAACCACAUAAAGAUUUCAAUGAUCACCCAUGUAUGGUUGGCAGAGCUGCGGCAUUGGAUUUGCACAGAAAUGCCGCUUCCUCAUCUGCGAUAGUUGGUCCAGGCAUGAAUGAUAGGAAUGUACAAAUCACUGAAGCAAUUAGAAUGCAAAUGGAAGUCCAAAGGAGAUUGCAUGAGCAACUAGAGGUUCAAAAGCAUCUUCAAUUGAGGAUUGAGGCUCAAGGCAAGUAUAUGCAAACUAUACUGGAGAAAGCUUGCCAGACACUUGCCAGUGAAAACAUGGCACCGGGAAGCUACAAGGGCAUCGGUAAUCAAGUUGCCGUCGAUAUGGGUGUCAUGAAGGACUUGGGCUCACCUAUUAAUUUUCCUUCUCUCCAAGACCUACACAUAUACGGAGGAGAACAAAUUGAAAUGCAACAGCAAAUUGAUAGAUCAUCUCUUGAAGGAUUUUUUCAAGGCAACGAUAACAUUUCCAUCGGGAAGAAGAGGGCCAGUCCAUAUGGUUGCAGUAGCAAAAAUCCGUUAAAUUGGGCUGAUGAUCUCCGCUUGCAAGAAUUAGGAACAGCAGUGGAGUGUCUAGGUUCUCAAGAUGAUGCUUUCAAAGGCGACCAACUUCAAAUUUCACAAUCGGUGAUUGACGGCAGCAGUGAUAUGGAUUCCAUGGAAGAUAUUUAUGAAACGAAGCCGAAUCUAUCUGAUGGCAUGGAAGAAAAGAAAUUUGAGGUGCCAGCAAAGCUCGAAAGGCCAUCGCCACGGAGAGGCCCACUUCCAGUCGAUAGGAUUAGUCCCAUGAUAAAGGGUGGUGCUUUACACCCUACAAGAAAUCUAUCUUGUGGAUGAAAAGUAACCAUCCAUGUAUCAAGUUUGACCUUCAGCCUGCUUAAUGUUAGAGACAAAGGACUUUUUUUUUUUCAAGUUUCCUCUAAUUCCAAGAUAGUUAGUUAGCAAUUCAAAAUCUUUCUUGCUAUAAGGAAUGUGUUUCUCUCUCUUUUGUUCUACUUCUUACUCCCAUGCAUAUCAUAUCUUAUGUUUUGUAAUCCAUCCACGCAGAAGGAAAAGCUUGUAUUUGUAUUGGAAGAUCUCAAGUUUCUAAAUGUGGGUCUUCUACUACUUUGGAAUUGCCAUGUUUGUUCAUGUGGGUCUUCUACUA